AUGCAGUGGAAGACUCGCCGAUAGAGGAUCACGAUCACGACCGCGACCGCAACAACGGCGACAUUGCCGGACCUGCAGAGAUUGCGGCGGCACUCAAAUUCAGAAGACCGAAGCAGCUGGCAAAUCCAUCUGGGGCAAAGCGCCUACUAGCAAAGGUGAGUUGCACUGCAUCAGCUUCGGCUUUGAUUUGCGACGCCCAAGCUCAUGCUUUUGAGUUUUCCUCAUCCAUCAGUCCUUUCGUCCGACGAUGUUGCCGUGCGUAUCUUAUUGGAUUCUUGGCACUUCUUCGAUCAAAUCUACGUCUCCAAAAAACACGGCGCCGCCAAGGCCUUUGCUCGCGCCUUCUCCGAUGCGGUUUUCAUUCCCAACUCCGAUGAUCGGGUACUGCUGGAGGCUCGAUUAGCGAAGCUCGGAAUCACGUGGGAGGAGGCCGUCCGAUCGCCUGUUUGGAACAAAAAGCUGUGGAGGCGCGUUCGUCGAUGGAUUCCCCCGCCGAGUGUUUCGAGCCUUUAAUCCGGGAAGUCUUCGAUAAAUUCGGGGCGUUGAUCGAUGCGAAGACCACGCAACCGCUCUUCAACAAGGCAGCGCACGAGGCAGCAAAGCGAUGUCUUGAGGCGAUACGCAAAGGCCAAGUUUCCGAUCCUGUUGGCAUCGAACUGUACACCGACCGUGGGCCUUGCGGAGGACCAGACGGAAAGGCGGAUGACGGUGUGCGUGUCUACUCGUGCCAGCGCGGCACAAAUAGUCUUGAGGGAGGGAUCCACCGAAACGUUCGUCAAAGGUUCCCAAAGUCCGGUGUCACUCCGUACCAUGCCAAUGCUUGCCUUUCGGACUAUGUGCUCGUGCACAACUCCACAGUAAGUCUGUACAGCCGUGCUCACACACGCUGGAACUGAAUUUGUUUUACCUAUGCGUGUGCUUGUUUCACAGGUUGGGACGUUUAAUCGGACAGGGAAGGCAUAUGUAGGGCACUUCGACCUUUGGCUCACUGUAGAGCUUCAUCGUAUGCGGCGCAAAACGGCGGCAUACCUCCCAGCCCACCCUACGAAUAUGUCGGAAACUGUCAACCCGCUUCUCUACGCUCCGUCCACGGAGACAUUCGGGAUUGUGCCUAUUGUGGAUGUGGCUCAAAAGUCCAACAACAUCGAACCCUAUUGCGUCGAGAGUGGCGCUUUCCGUUUCGAGCCCCUCAAAUGGUCGCCGCGGAAUUUGCUGCACAAGAACAUGGGACAAACAAUUCAGCAGAUGCAAAUCCAGCUGCCAGCCGAUCGCAAACUCCCUCACACCUGGCUUGCAAAACGCCAAGGUACUCGGUUUGCGGUAUUGCACGUUCACACACCAACCGAACGAGCGCUGUACAAGCAUAUCUUGUCCCAUUUGGAACUAUCAACUUCUCGAGACCAGCGAGCCAUCCGAAUCGCCGAGCGCUGGAACACUUAUGCCAACGGCAUUGAUAUAUUUUACAAAGUGAGUCGCUAUUUCGUCGUGCCUCUGAAUUUAAGACCGAGCUAGUUGAACAAUUGACUGAUCCGAUGCAGAGCCAAACGUCAGAGUUAA